ACCGCCCCUGCUGAGGGCGGCAGGACAGCAGCAGAUAGAAGGUGAGAUAGUGAUUGGAAGUGAUCGUGGAAGGAUUUAGGCUGAGCGAGAGAGAGAGAGAAGAGGACCGUGUCUCUCUCUCUUUCGGUCCUCCAGCAUCCCGUCUGAAGCGGCGCUCGUAAAGAACGAAGAGGGAGGACGAAUACGACGCGGGUGGGCACCAGCCUUUCCUCAAAGUCAACAUUUUCUACUUUUGAUACUCCUUUCACACAGGACUUGGCUGCGCUUCUUCCUCCACAUCCGGGACACGAAGACUAUUUACCCACAAGAAAAGACAACAAAGUCUCCAGCAGAAGGACGAUGGGCGGCGAGGACAAGCGUGGACGGACAGAGGACGGUGGCCGGUGAAGGUUGGGGGGCGGGGGACUUGCGGACACUCCAGGCAAGAAAAGUGCUGAGCUGUCCCACGGAUGCGCGCUGCGAGACAAUCAGAGGACCACCUGGAUCACCUGGACCACACACACUCCGUCCACAGGACCUUUGAGGCGCCCCCAAGCAACACUAUGAUUAAAGCGCUUGCCCACAUCUGUCCCGCUCGAGUUCCCUGUCCACCGCCGCCCGCUCGCCCCAGGAAGACAGCCGUCCAAACCAGACGAGGAAGAAAGUGUCCCUCUCUCGGACCUCUGAGGGCCGUCAGCGCAUGUGUUCUCCUCAUCUAGGCACGGAAGACGCAUUCGUCGGUAAGAAUGUCCGCCGUUUCCCUGUGACCACCACUCCAUGCCCGUCGCCCCCUCGCCCCGCCUGCCAUGCUCCUUCAGGCCGCCUUGCUGCUGCUGCACUGCUUGGCCUCCAGCCUGGGCCAGUACGAACUGUGCAAGUCCCUGGUGAGCACAGAUGAAGGCUCCGUGUGGGAGCACUACGCCUGCCAGCCCAAAGCGGCGUCCAUGAAAGACUACAUGAGGAUUAAGGUGGACCCGCCCGGCAUCACGUGCGGGAACCCGCCCGAGAGGUUCUGCACCCUGGAGAACCCGUACCUGUGCAGCGAUGAAUGCGAUGCCUCAAACCCAGACUUGGCCCACCCUCCUCAACUGAUGCAGGACCGCGAACGCAACGGUCUGAUCACGUACUGGCAGACAGUCACAUGGAGGCGCCACCCAGAGCCGUUGUUGGCCAACAUCUCCAUGUCGUGGAACAAGAGCUUGGAGCUCACCGACGACAUCCAGAUCACCUUCGAGUACGGCCGCCCCACCAUCAUGGUCCUGGAUAAGUCCAUGGACCACGGGCGCUCCUGGCAGCCCUACCAGUACUUUGCCGACGACUGCCUGGACACCUUCAACAUGCCGCCUAAACGCGUGCGCGAGCUCUCGCCCGCCAACGUCACCCGGGUCAUCUGCACCGAGCAGUACUCACGCUGGGUGGGCUCCAAGAACGACAAGAACGUCAAGUUUGAGGUGCGGGCGCGCUUCGCCGUGUUUGCCGGCCCACGGUUGCAAAACAUGGACAGCCUGUACACGCGAAUGGAGAGCAUGAAGGGUCUGAGAGACUUCUUCACCUUCACAAACCUCAGGCUGAGGCUCCUCAGGCCCGCCCUGGGGGGCACGUAUGUACAGAGAGACAACCUGCUCAAGUACUUCUACGCCAUCUCCAACAUCGAGGUACCUGCCAGGUGCAAGUGUAACCUCCACGCCUCCCAGUGCCUGCUGCAGGAUGGUAACCUCCAGUGCCAGUGUGAACACAACACCACCGGCCAGGACUGUCAGCGCUGCAAGAAGGGCUUCAAGGCCAAGUCUUGGAAGGCUGGCUCCUACCUGCCCACACCCAAUGGAACCCCCAACACCUGUUCCAUCGCUGGUUCGCCCUCCGGUUCUACUCGACCGGCACCAAGCGGAGAAUCGGGGAGCUCGCUGCUACCCGGCGGCCCUUUGUUUGAGCCCCCACUCGCACCCAUGGGAGCAUCUGACACACUUCCUGAUGCAACAGAGGCGCUCCUCACUUCCACAUCCUUCCCGUCAGAGCAGCGCACGCCUCCUCCGUCACCACCAGAGCCAAACUGGAGCCACCGACACCCCCAUCUGUUCGACCCGGGCCGUCAUGUGUCUGUUGAUCACCAUCAGCAUCAUCAUCACCUUGCCAUCACAGAUGAGCCUGUCCUUCAUCCCCCGACUCACCAUCACCCCCCGACAAGCCGGUAUAAUGACCUCGGAGUUUCCCACAAGUCCGAGGGACACGAGCACGAGACUCAUGGCCACAAACGUACAUUUUCAUCUGAGCAUGAGGGGGAAAGGAGAGUUUCCCACAAGUCUGAUGGACACGUGCGUGAGGUUCACGGCCACAGCAUUUUCCCAUCUGAGCAUGAUAGCGUGAGAAAAGAAGUGUCCCAAGAGGAGGAACAUGAGAGUCAUGGACAUAAAACCUCAUUUGAGCACACAGGUGAAUGGGAGGAGCGCAAAAGAACACAAAGUGAAAGAAGAGUUCCCCACAAGUCCGAGGAACAUGAAACUCAUGGCAACACCAUGACAAACUCACACGAGCAUGAAGAGGAGAAUGAAAGAGAAGCUGAAGACAGAGCUUUGGUAUCCCGCAUGCAAGAGGAGACUCAUGGCCACAGAGGCACCUUCACAUCUGAGCAUGAGGAUGACCGAGAAGUCUCCUACCCUGCUGAAGGACACAUGCAUGAGACUCAUGGGCAAAAACGUACAUUCUCAUCUGAGCAUGAGGGGGAAGCAAGAGUUUCCCACAAGCCUGAGGGACACGAGCAUGAGACUCAUGGCCAAAAAGGUGCGACCCCGUCUGAAAAUGAUAAUGACAGAGAAGGUGAGGAGGAAUCCAAUCAAACUAGAGAUCCCUACAAGUCUGAUGGAAACAUGCAUGAGACUCACGGCCACAGCAUUUUCUCACCCACGUAUGAAAAUGAUAGAGAAGUUCCCCACAAGUCUAAACAUGCCCAUGAGACUCACGGCAACAGCAUUACUUUCUCAUCCAAGCUUGAGGAUGAUGGAGAACACGAGGAAGACAGCCGGAUGAGAACUUCCGACAAAUUUGAGAGGCAUGCACAUGAGACUCAUGGCCACAGUACCUUCUCAUCUGGGCAUGAGGACGACAGGGAAGCAUCCCACAAAUCUGAGGGACAUGCGCGUGAGACUCAUGGCCACAAGGGUGCUUUCUCAUCUGAGCAUGAGAAUGACAGAAAAGAUGACGACGACAGCCAAAUGAGAGCUUCCCACAAGCAUGAGACUCACGGACUCCAUUCUGUCUCAUCUGCAUAUGAGAAUGACAGAGAAGUUUCACACAAGUCUGAAGGACGUGCGGAUGAGAAUCGUGGCCACAAAGGUACUUUCUCAUCUGAGCCUGAGAAUGACAGAGAAGCUUCUGACGGGUCCAAGGGACAUGCACAUGAGACUCAUGGCCACAGUACGUUCUCAUCAGGGCAUGAGGGCAACAGAGGGGCUUCCCACAAACCUGAGGGACAUGAGCGUGGGAAUCAUGGCCACAAAGGUACUUUCUUAUCUGAACAUGAGAAUGGCAGAGAAGGUAAGGAAGAAAACCGCCAAAGUCAAAUCUAUUUCAGGAGUAGUGACCGUGGUGAGCUUCAAUCUUUGAAGAAAAACACUCCUGUUUUGCUUUUCCAUGAUGUAGCUUCCCACAAGUAUGAGGGACAAGUGCAUGGCCACAGUACUGUCUCAUUCGAGCAUGAGGAUGACAGAGAAGCGUCCCACAAAUCUGAGCUACAUGCGCAUGUGGCUCAUGGCCAAAAAGGUACUUUCUCAUCUGAGCAUGAGAAGGAAAGAGAAGUUUCCCACCAGUCCGAGGGACACUUGCAUGAGAGUCAUGGCCACACAGAUAGUAGUUUCUCAUCGGAGCAUGAGGAUGACAGAGACGCUUCCCACAAGUCUGAGCGACAUGUGUAUGGGACUUUUGGCCACACUACUUUCUCAUUUGAGCAUGAGGAUGGCAGAGAAGGUGAGGAAGAAGCCCUCCAAAGUGUAAUGAAGCCCAGGAGUUGUAACUGUGGCCUUAAGAGAUGGAAGCUUAGUCCUAUUUUGCUUUUCCAUGAGGUAGCGUCACACAAAUCUGAAGGACAUGCGCAUGAAACACAAGGCCAAAAAGGUACCCUCUCAUCUGGGUAUGAGAAUAACAGAGAAGUUUCCCACAACUCUGAGGUACAUGUGCACGAGACUCAAGGCCACAAAAGUACUUUCUCAUCUGGACAUGAGGGCAACAAAGAAGCUUCCCACAAGCAUGAGACUCACGGCCACAAUUCUUUCUCAUCUGAGCGUGAGAAUGACAGAGAAGUUUUGCGCAAGUCUGAGGGAUACGUGCAUGAGACUCAUGGCUACAGAGGUACUUUCUCAUUGGAGUAUGAGAAUGAGAGAGAAGCUUCCCACAAGUCUGAGGGACAUGCGCACGAGACUCCUGGCCACAGUACUUUCUCAUAUGGGCAUGAGGAUGAGAGAGAAGCUUCCCACAAGUCUGAGAGACAUGCACAUGAGACUCAUGGCCACAAUUCUUUCUCAUCUGGGCAUGACAGUGGCAACAUAGACACCCGCAUGCACAAGGAAAAUGGUCAUAGCCUUCAUGGCCAGAAAGCAACCUCACCUGGGCAUGGGGAGGAGGAAGGAGAAGCUGAGAAGAAAGUCUCCCAAAAGGCUGAGGAGCAUGUAGGUCAUGGCCACAAAACCUCAUCUGUGCACAAGGUGGAGAGGGAGAAUGCAGGGAACAUGCUGAAAGCCACACAGAGAGUCCAGUCUGAGGACCAUGCAGGUCACGGCCACAGAACAAUCUCCCCAGAACACGGCAAUGAAAGACCAGGUGAUAGAACGUAUUACACCUGCAUAAAAGCAAAGAGUUGCAAUGUCCUUACGUUUAAUGGUGGUGGCGGUGUCUCAGUUUCUCACAAGCACAUGCAUGAAACCCGCAAGAGCUACGCAAACGAGCACGAGGAGGCGGCAAACCACGGCAAAGGUAUCCUUUCCUUUUGUAAAAGGAGUCCCGUCAAGGAUUCCAAAUAUGUUCUUGAUUUGACUGCUGUGGUUGUUGCCUCAGUCCAUCACAAAUCUGAGGACCAGGUACCGGACGAUCAUGGCCAUAGAACGGCAACCUCAUCCGAGCACGGGGAGCACAGAGAAAGAGGACAUAAGAAAAGCACAGUCUUCCAAGAUUUUGAGGAACACCCCCAGGAGAGGCAUAGUCACAAAUCAACAACCUCCUCUGAGCAGGAGCUGCAUCAACAGAGGAAACCCCAGAGGAAAGAGCACCAAACCGAGAGGGAAGGAGGCGCUCAUGAAACGGCCGAGUCCUUCGGGAGCGAGGAUGAAGACAGAGAGGAGGAGAGGAGAGAGCAAAAAAAGAAAGGGCUCCUGAAACUCUUGAUGUCAGGACAGCCCGGGGCCAGACAUUUGUUUGGAAUCAUAUAUGAUGAUUUCAAAGACUGUGAAUGCUACGGACACUCCAACCGCUGCAGCUACAUCGACUACCUGAACAUUGUCACAUGCGUCAGCUGCAAGCACAACACCAGGGGCCAGAACUGCCAACACUGCAGACUGGGAUACUUCCGCAACGCCUCUGCUGAGCUGGACGACGAGAGCGUCUGCAUCGAGUGCAACUGCAACCAGAUGGGUUCCGUCCACGACCGUUGCAACGGCACGGGCUUCUGCCAGUGCAAAGACGGCGCCGCCGGGGCCAAGUGUGACGACUGUCUGCCGGGGUACUACUGGAAGCAAGGCUGUUACCCCAACGUCUGUGAUGAGGAGAUGCUCCUGUGCCAGAACGGAGGGACGUGCUCCCAGAACCAGAAGUGCAUCUGUCCCCCCGAGUUCAAGGGGGUGCUGUGCCAACAGUCGCGCUGCGAGGCGGGCAAGGACUGCAAUGCCGCCUCAGCUCCGCACCCCUCGGCGGUCGCUCUGCUGCUUUGCGCUCUGUUCGCCCGCCUGCUGGCCACGCUGACACCCCGCUGAGCCACGACGACACCGGGAGGAGUGUGUUUACGUGUGUGUGUGUGUGUGUGUUGGGGUGACCCGGAGCGGGGGGGGCCCCAUCCCGGUCAUGGACAGACCUGAGGCCCUUGCACAGCAGCACUCACUGAAGCUCACUAGCACUCACAAACACCAAGCACACACACGCACACGCACACACACGCACACACUUCACAGGACUGAGCCAGCGUGUGCCCGCGUGCCAGAUGGACAAACAGAGAAAAGAAAUAACGCAAAAGAGAGAUGCUGGCUACAAAUAUAAAUAUAUAUAAAUAUAUAGAUAUAUAUCUAAUCAUACCAACCACUGUUCCCUUUAUCCUGAGCCGGAGCAACGUGCAUCAAACCAAAAAGCAGAAACACACACACACACACACCUCCACUCGUUCACUGGCUGCACACACAAGGACGGGUUUUCUUUUCUUGCACUCUCCGUGACGGCCGGCGGUCAUCGUCAGUGAAAGGACGAGCCCCGGGGAGGCGAGGGGCUCCACACAUUCUGCUGCUGAGGCCUACGCACUACAUGAUAAUGAUCAAAAUACAAAUAAUAAUGAUAAUAAUAAUAAUAAUGAUAAUAAUAAUAACCAGGUUUCAUUUCUUCUCCUGACUUGGUUUGACAUCUGUUGGAUGUCUGCUGCAUAUUUUUGUUGAAACGAUAUCUUAAGUCGAUGUAUCUCCCGUGCCCACUUGCAGUCGCUGAGAUCCCACGUAUUCUAGAACAGCCACGGGUUACGACGGAUGUAGUCGCUAUCAUGGUUGCCAUGGGAACGAGUGAUCUUCACACAGUAUGUACACAGCAAACAGACUUCUACCAAACCUGUAGAAGGCCGAAAGCGUGAAAAUACCCAGCGAGCAUCGACAAUAUAUGGCAUUAUUUGAAUAUUUUUUGUAGAAAUUAUUUUUGUUUGAAGGUUUCAAUAAAAUGGAGGAACCAAAACCAAAAAAAAGACAUCUCCAACAAUUCAAAGCAGCGUUUUCUUCCACCAGGUGUAAAUUCUGCAGUAAACAUGACUGUUAUUUGCCUUCUUUCUGCUACUUUUCCUGUCAUGCCAGCAUCACGUGGGCACGCUUGAGGAUUUCCACCUUCUCGUCUGACAAUCACAAAUAACUGCUCUCCUGUUUCAAAAGGACAGGUUGAUUUUGUAACCACGCCUGAACGAGCUGCAAAGAGAUUUUAUACGUGCAUAUCUAGCAGAACUCGUACCAAGGCUGUCCCGGAAGUGGGAUGCCCGCUCUUCCGCUGGCUUACAGCCUCUCCGUUGGCGUCAACGGAGAGGCUAACCUCCGAAAUGGACACACGGCAAAGAUCAAAGUGCAACCUCUGGGGCCGAUGACGCCAAAAGAGUUUUAACUGAAAAGCAAUCAAAACUGUGUUGCUCUGAAAUGCAAAAAUUGGAAUACGGGUCUGGGAGGGACAACCUGGGCUCUUAUGACAACAUGUUGGCGGCGCUGCAUAUCUGACGGGAUAACGUGGGAAUCGUUUACGAAUGUACCACACACUCAAUACAGUGUAUUGACCAAUGAGUAGCAGCAGAAUGUAGCACCACUCUAAAGCUAGCACAGUGGAACCUCGGUUAGCAUCCGCCCCCGACUAGCGCGUCAACAUUUCGCCAAUUACGGUUUGCGCGCAUUCUCCGGUGAGCGUCUGGUCGUGUGUAAGAACUGUGUUCUUCACUCAUUCAAUCCCGGCCCCUUCAGUAGCGGCCAUCGUAGACGAUUCGGACUGAUCUUUCAAGGCACACAGAUUAUUGUGUUGCAUGGUUAUAUCAACAUGGAAGCUACCAAAACAAACAUUAGACUCUUGUCUUUCAUCAAGAAAAAAGGUUUGUUUCUGCUUUUUUCUGUUCUUCAGUAAUCAGCAGUUGAACGUUGGUACGUUUCAGGAAAAUAUCAGUUCCCGACUAAAUUAGGAAGAAAAACAGCAUUUUUUUGCUUUUCAACUAUAUCACAACAUAAGCAACUCAAGAGAACGAUUUAUUUACAAAUAUAACACCAUGAGCUAUUUACUAUUUCCACAUUUGGAACUAAACUGCGUGUGCAUGCGUGAACCUUCUGCACGCUACACUCUUCCACGCUCUCACACUUCCUCCUUGCUGUCGAGCGUGUUAAUACGUGCAAACGAGCCGUGCUGAGCUCUUAUCAAAUGCACUUUUAUGGCUCACAACUGCUUGAAAAGUCACCUCUUUUAUUUGCACACUUGCGUCAUCACCUCUUUUUACCUCCUGCUAAAAGACGUAUAAGUACGUCUUUGGGAGCGAGCGAUCGGGUUUUUAAAAAAUGUAUACAUACAUUUUUGGUAUCGAAUGAGUUUGUGUAUUUUUCUUUAUCACAAAAUGUCCUUCCUUGUUAGCAUCCUAUUAGCUGGCUAAAAAAAGGAAGUUACAUCACCCGUCUACGACGUCCACACAAAACAUGUUUUUAUAGUUUUGCGUUCAUAAAACGAGUGUUGUGGAUGCCUACAGAUGACGAUUAAAAGGGCUAAAUGAACACUUAAGGUCAUCUUUACCCUCGCUGACGUGACUGUUCCCAAAGACACGAUGUGGCGGCGGGAUCAACCUCCACCACUUCCUGUUUGCAGUCCCGUCAAGAAUCCCGUCUUCAGUGAAGUGAAAAGUAACCUUAAAUGUGUCCCUUUCGUUCAUCCUUUCUACCUACAGUAUUUCUAUGUAUGUUCAGUCGUUUGCUGCAUGUUUUAACUAUAGAAACGUAUUUUGUGGGAACAUUUUUGGCUUUCUGGAGCAGAUUAAUUGGAUUUACGUUAUUUCCUAUGGAAAAAUUGAGUUGCUUAGCGUCCGUUUUGGUUAGAGUUGGACCUUCUGAAACAAAGUCAUGACCCUAACCAAGGUUCCACUGUAGUAACCUAUGACAGUGUCGGCUCAGGGGUGCGAAAUAGCCCACUAUCUUCUCAAAAUCAUCCAAAUCAGUCACAAGAUUGGUUAGCAUCACGGUUGACACCAAUGUCCGAUGCUAGCACUGCCGUCCGACACGGUCCAAAACAGCAAUACCGCCCCCUUGUGCCCAUGCAUGUGACAACUUGACAGAAUUCCACGACCACGGCACUUAGUAGAGCGCAGACCUAUGACCUUCAGUGGCGUGCGAGUCAGAUUAUUAUUCCCUGGAAAAGCAUCUUUGAUGCAUAUCUUACAUAUUCACACUAUGUAGAUAAAAAGCAAGCAAACAAAGACAAGAAUAUUGUUCAAUUUGGAAGCAAAUAUACAGGCUAAUAAAUACAGGGAACACCUACACAUGUUUGAAGUUGCUAUUUCUGCAGAUGCCUUACAUUCUCAACGCUUGGCUAGCAUCACUGCUCGCGGGUGUUUGCUAACCAUUACUUUUGUCACAGCACUUCUAUACUUUCUGUUCCGCCUCUCUCUAAUUUGCCUGUUACCAAUGUGCGACGUUUAUUUCAACCGUUUGUGUUGUCAUAAAAGGUGUAGGACAAAGA